CCUGACAGCUGCCUCUUCGCCGAUCGACCGAAGUGGACGUGCGUGGCAGAGGAUCAUUAUUGCCAUCCCCCGCAGGAUCCAUUGUGACUAAUGCAGCUUCUUAUCAAUAAGUGCCCACCGAUGGUCACAUUCUUCGUCCACUGCCGUUGUCGGUGCUGAAUCCGACGAAAUGUUUGCCCGUUUUCGCGACCAGGUUUGGUCCUAUAGUCGUCGAUCUUCACCCGGAUCGGCACCGUCGGUGGCUACUCUGCGCCCUUGCUGGCCAAGGCAGGCAAGUUCGCACCGCCGAGGUCAUGGAUUGGCAUUGCUCGCCCCCCCACCAGCCCAUAAGUCACGUUAGCUGAUGUCUUCGUCACGGCGAUCUCUUCGGCUGUCCGCCAGGUCUGUCUCUCUCC